AUGGAUCCAGUCUCGGCCAUAGGACUCGCGUCCGCCAUCAUCACCUUCAUCGAGUUCGGCUCGAAGCUCUUGAAAGGCGCUAAAGAGAUCCGUGACUCUCCCAAUGACAGCCUCGAGAAGAAUGAGUCGAGGGAAGUCAUCGCCGAAGCGAUGAAAGAAGUCGCAGCCAAAUUAAAGACGCCGGAGCCAGCACAAAUAUCGCCGGAGCAGCAAAAGCUGUGUGAUCUCGCUGUUAAAUGCAACGAUCUCUCACAGCGCAUCCUCGAGCUUUUGAACAAGAUCAAGCCCAAGAAUAAGAAGCCACUUCAUGUGUAUCGUGCGGCAUUCCAAGCUUGGCGCAAGGAGGAUGACAUCAAGGUGCUGGAGAAAAGUCUGAGCGAUUGUCGUAGCCAGCUUGCGUUGAGUCUCAGCCAUCUAGCCAGCAAAAAUUCGGCAGAGAGCUCAGACAGAAUUUUCGCCAUGGUUCAAGAAGACUCGCUCAAGCUCGAACAACUUCAGACUCACAUGAAGCAACUGAGGAAGGGCUUGGAGGCCCAGGUUCUCGGGGACGAAGCCCUUGAGCAGCUGCGUCUCGUGCUUGGCAUACACGACAAAGCCCUAAGUGCCAUAUACCAAGACCGGAUCCUGCGCAGUCUUGAGUUUGAGGACAUGCAUCGCAGAGACGACAGGGUUCAAGUUCCAUACCAGAACACUUUCAAGUGGAUUCUGGAGGAUGACGAAGAGAUCAUGUCUGACGAUACUUCUUCGCAACCAUCUGAACCUUCACUUUCAUCUGAAUCUUUGCUAUCAUCUGAUUCUUCGCUAUCAGAUGAAGGCUUAUAUGGCCCCUUUCGAGAUGAUAGGAAACGCCAGUCGAGAGAUAUGUUCCUGAAAUGGCUCUCUUCAGGGUCUGGCAUCUUCCAUAUUAGUGGAAAGUUGGGAUCGGGCAAAAGCACGCUGAUGAGGUACCUUUCCACACAUACCCGCACUCGGAUCGAAAUUGAGGAAUGGGCCGGAGAUAAAACUCUGGUUCUAGCCAGCUUCUUCUUCUGGAAGCCAGGUUCGGAGCUGCAAAAGUCCCUGGAAGGCUUUUUCCGAUCACUGCUGUGUGACAUCUUGACGGCUUGCCCGGAUUUGAUCCGAGAUACACUACCAGAGUAUUGGUGCCUUGCGGAACAAGCCCCAUGGCAGAUUCAAACCAGAUUCAACAUUCCCUCUUCCACCGUCAAUUCUGCACUACACAAGGUCAUUUCAAACGAGCGUCUAUACCAAGGUCACCGCUUCUGCUUCUUCAUUGACGGCCUCGAUGAGUAUGAGGGGACCGACGGACAAGACCCUACGCACCUAGUGACGCUGUUGAAGAACUGGAUCAAGGACUCUCACGGAUGUCUAAAGUUGUGUGUAUCGAGCAGGGAGCACAAUGUCUUUAUGAACGCUCUCUCCAACGAUCAGCGUUUCAGACUCCACGAGUUGACCAUGUCCGAUAUGCAGGAAUAUGUUGCAGGUCACCUCAAAGACAUGCAGAGCGACACACUCAGUGUGCAUCUGAGGUUUGAUUUGAUCACCUCUAUACCAGAAAAGGCUGAUGGCAUCUUCCUCUGGACCAUCCUCGUCGUGAGGACCAUCCGUCGCAAGAUCGAGGACGGAGAGCCCGAGAGACGUCUGAUCAAGCUCCUGGACAGUCUUCCGCAAGGGCUGAGUAGCAUCCUUCAGCGCAUUCUGGAAGAUCUUGAUGCAGACAACCGGAGAAGGUUGUAUCAGACCAUAGCCGUGCUCCGUGUGGCAAAAGCCCACUCGUUAUGGUUCUCAUUGCUUGCCUUCUCAUUCCUGGACGACUACGAACAAGACGCCGAGUUCUCCAUAAAAGGCCACAUCCCGACAGACAAGGCUGAAGGAACUACCCGGCGGCGGCUUCGCGGUGCAUGUGGAGGAUUGGUUGAGGAUGAAGGGCCCGUAGAUUGGCCGUUUAGAGAAGAGAUGGGUUGGGCGAGGCUCGAUUACACACACCGAUCUGUUCCAGACAUGUUUGGCGAGGGAGCUCUCAAACAUGAAAUGGAUGUUUUUCUCGAGGGAUUCGAUGCCAUGAAAGCCAUCUUAAACCUCGAAUUUGCGGCAGUUCAGUUCAUCGGAGACCGCAUCAAGACCCGGAGCUCCUGCAUUGGCUUGGCGAGAAUGCUUCUCUUAAACGAGAUCGAGGAUGCACCAUAUCCUCUCCUGGAGCGUAUCGCGUCUUGGUCAGACAGCGAUAUUCAACAGCUGAAGCCUGGCCAUCAUCUGGUUAUAAAAAACUCCCCUUUUAGGACUGUUUCUCUUGGCUAUCUCACUCCAAGCGAGUUGGUCCCUGAGCCUCGUAUAACGCUCUUAUGUUAUAGUACGCUCUGCUUGGCUGGAUUCCUUGGGUGUUUCAGUUACGUCAAAUGGAAGAUUGAGCAGGCUCCGAAGGCGAUGAGCAGUUCUCUCGAGACGGCUAUGCUUGCUCACAUUGUCCUACACAAGUCCCGAACGAAUCUCUGGACUGAGGACUUUUUCUUUGAAAGCGGAAUAUUCACUGACUUGACAGCUAUCGGAUUUGUUGCCGUAGGCCGAGAUUAUGGCCAGGUCAAGGCUGGAGAUCUGACGAUAUGGCAACGAUUCCUUUCAUCUGAGUUCCUGGAUUGGGCCUUCACUGAGUUUUCCAGGGCAGUCAGAGGCUCAGACAGGUCUGGCCGAAUAAUCCAAAGAUUCCUAGAGCACGGGGCUUCUCAUUAUUUUUGUAUCGAGGGGGAACGCAAUGAGUCGGACGGAAGACUCAACAUUACCUUUAGCUUCGAGGCCACUAAGGUGAUCCUGAGACCGCCAGAAUAUAUGGACGCUCCCUCCGAAUCACCGUGGUUCUCGGAAAUGUUGGGUCAGAGUCGGGUUGCAAGCAGAUACACGUUUCGGGAUUGGAUCCGAGCAAGCAAGUACCCGAACAGGAAUCGUAUUUUGGAGUUACUUGGUGAUGAUGGGAAAGGAGCGGGCGGGACUGGCGACGAUGAGGUGCAAGAUGCAUAG